AUGCCAAAAUUCAAAGAAGCUGGAAAAGCUGUUGUGAACACUUUAAAAAUAGGCUCCGUUGGGUCCCUGAUUGCCAAAAGAUAUCUGAUUAAAGAAAGACUUGGCAGAGGAAGCUUUGGAAUGGUUUACCUUGUACUGGAUAAGAAAUGCACAAAAGAAGAGCUGAAAGUCUUAAAGGAGAUAUCGGUUGGGGAUCUGGAGCCAAAUGAGACGGUGCAGGCUAAUUUGGAGGCACAGUUGCUCUCGAAGCUUGAACAUCCAGCAAUUGUUAAGUUCUACUCCAGCUUUGUAGAGCAAUUCAGUUUCUGCAUCAUUACAGAAUACUGUGAGGGUAGAGACCUACGAUGUAAGAUUGAGGAGUAUAAGCAAGCUGGUAAGACGUUCCCUGAAAGCCAGGUCACUGAAUGGUUUAUACAGUUACUACUGGGAGCACAGUACAUGCAUGAAAGAAGAAUACUUCAUAGAGAUUUAAAAAGCAACAACAUCUUCUUGAAAAACAACAUUGUAAAAAUAGGAGACUUUGGGGUAUCUCGCCUUCUGAUGGGUUCAUGUGACCUGGCGACUACGUUUACUGGAACACCCUAUUACAUGAGUCCAGAGUUAUUCAGCCACCAAGGAUAUGAUUCCAAGUCUGACAUAUGGUCGUUGGGGUGCAUUUUGUAUGAACUGUGCUGCUUGCAUCAUGCAUUCACUGGUCAUAACUUCAUGUCAAUUGUUUUGAAGAUUGUGGAAGGUGAGACUCCAUCACUGCCAGAUCACUUCUCCAGAAAUCUCAAUGCAAUCAUGACAAGCAUGUUGCAGAAGAAUCCAUCAAAUCGACCAGCAGCUGCAGAAAUACUGAAAAUUCCAUACAUCGACCAACAGCUCCAGAAUAUAAAAUGCAAGUUCUCGAACAUAAGCAUGAAAGACAAGACAAUAAGCUGCCAAAAAGAAGUUUUGCAAAUAAAGGAAGCUUUUCAGAAGAAAGUUCACCUGCAGACACUACGUGAGCAGUCUGAAGUUCAGAAAAUGACCCCACGAGAGAGGAUGAGACUCCGAAAAUUGCAGAGUGCAGAUGAAAAAGCUAAGAAGUUGAAGCAGCUGGCUGAGGAGAAAUACCAGGAAAAUCAUCAACGCAUGCAGCAACUGAGGAAUCGCAAUUUUCAGCAAGUCAGCGUGGAUGUUCUGCAUGAAUCUCAUGAGUACAAAGCACCAGAAGCCAACCAGACACAGCCAGUGUCAAUUCGUGAUGUCCAAUUGUCAGAACAAGGAGAGCUCAAGGGAAACAGAAUUUCAGAUCGACUGUGUAUGUCCGAGCCACCUGACCAUGCAAUCCCCGAAGAUCCAGAAGUGGCUGAGGAGUUUUAUCAUGAAGAUGGUUUUGAAUCUUGUUCUGAUGAAAACCUAGAGAUGGAGGAAUUUAAUGAAGAAAAUGAAUGCACUACUGUCAAAAGUCAGGAACAGGACACUGAUGUUGAAGCCCUGUUAAGGUGCAUGGAGGAUGUCCUAAAUGGUAGAACAUUAGAUGGUGGCACCGUGAUCUCAGCUGUGUACCAGGGACCGACAGCUAUCAACUGUACCAUGGCACAGGCCAAGAUGCGCCGCAUGAGGGAAGCAGCCAUUCAAAAACUGGAAGCAGAUCUGUUCCAGAGAAUUUAUGACUAUUUGAAGAAGGCACGGAGAGAGAACACCAGGGAGGUGGAAGUCAUGGAGAAUCUGGAGAGGCUGGGAGCCAAACCAAGCGACUGCUUUGAAGUUGAUCAACUUCUGUAUUUUGAGGAACAACUACAGUCAUCUUCAGCAGCAGCUCAGCAGUUAAAUAGUGAUGAUUCUGGCCAAUGAGUAAUGCAGUUAAGGAUCCUCUCCUCUGCACCAGCUAAUAGACAACAUCAGUUUAGGCUGUAAUAGCAACACUGAAUGACCACAGGUCAGACAGCAUCUGAGAAAGAAAGGAGGAGUUAAGAUUUCAGCACUGGUGUAAGUGUUUAGUAGACCUAAAACAUUAACUCUCCAUAGAUGUUGCCUAGUCUGCAGAGUUUUUAUAGCAUGUUCUGCAUUGGAUUUUCAGCAUUUGCCAUAAUUAAUUUACCUAGUACCCUGGUGUCACAGUAACAGAAGCAGAUAAUAUGCAAUUUGGUCUUAAAUUCAAUAGACCAGGUUGUUUAUAAUAGGUAAUUUCACCGAGAAAAUCUCUGGCUAAACUUUUAUAAAACUUGGGCAUGUUUUAAGAAGGAAAUUGCAAAAAGCGGCUGGUUAAAGGAUUGCUUUGCUAUGAUUCAGAAGUGAACAAAAACAAAUGCUGCUAUUCAUCAGCAGACAAAUGAGGGUAAUUUCUCCAGAAUCUGUAGAAUGUAACUUUCAGUAAUUUUUCAGUGCCUGUGCAAUUAGUGUUAUUUUGGAUAAAUAAAACAGAAACUUCAAUUUAUUACUCCUUAAUUAUGUUUUGGAGCCCUAUAUAAUUUUAAGUGAAGAUAAUUGUGUAUUCAACAAUGAAGAUGUUAAAAACAAAU